GCAUGACCCAUAGUACUGGCCUAGUUGAGCCUUUUGUUUUCCCUUUCCUCCUCUGGCCUGAGCCUUUGGCAGGACGGGUUUCGGGCUUGAGGCCAGUGAUUCAACUAGGCUGGCUCUGUGCCAGCUCUUGCCUUUCCGGAGUCGGUCUAUCUGCCCGGGGCCCUGCCCGGGUUUGCAGUCCCGACUAGCGUGCGCUGCAACACGGGUCUGCCUCCCCACGCCAUCUUGCAGCCAGUCAGCAGAAAGGGAAGGCCUGAGCAAAGGAGAUGUGCACUCUGCUUUCUUGCAGCAUCGGGCCUUUUGCUCGAUUUUUAUCUGGGGGGCUUUGAAGAGCCAGCCAGCGCAGAAGCCGGGUGGCAGCGCUGCGCCCGGAAAACUCAUCAGUGUCACUCUGGUUUAUUUUCCUCUUCGAGCUUUUUCCCAUGGAGUGGGGCUCUCAGCGACAACUGGCGAACGGUCGGGCGAUUGCUCGUUGUUCAUUCUGGCGGGCACCGGUUUCCGGAGGGCUCCGGGUGCUCUGUGGGUAUUCACAUUUGUCUCUGUGAUGCCCGGAGCUCGGUUGGCCCCAGUCCCAGCUAAUGGCUGAAGAAACUGAGGCUCCGGGGACUCCGAUGGUGAACCGGGGGAGGGGAGGGGCACCGUCGGGAGUGAACCUGGGUGUUUUAUCUCGAAGAGGAUGCGGGCGGUGUGUGUGUUUGAGAAUGGGCGAGGUUGUGGACAUGUAAGAGGAGGGGGGACAGGAGCAAGGAUUGAAUGGGGCUGGAGUCCCUCCCCCGUAUAAACCUGCCCGGAAGCGGUCAAGGCCUGGCAUCCUCUCCCGUCCAGGAGCUCAGAGGCGACCGCUUUGUCUAGGCCCCAGAGGAAGGUUGCAGUGGCUUUACCCCGCCUGUGCCGACCCUGCCCUUGCUGGGUGGGGGUUGGGACAUAGAAGCCCUCCCCUCCUGCGGGCUCCUUCCGUCUCCUCCCUGGUGCAGCUUUAUGGCGGCAUAUGGAAACUGUUUCUGUUUACCCGGCACCACCAGGAUGCUGCCGCACGCUGUGCUCCAGCGAACGGAAACCUUGGAUUCCCCGCAGGGUCAUUUCAGAGGCUGCAUGCAAAGCAGCCAGCUGUUUUGCAGGGAGCGUCUGGGCCCUGUUACAUCAGCGUGGAGGAAGCGUUACCAUCUGUGCAAACAGGUCAUAUCCUCGCUUGUCGGCCUGUCCUCUGUAUGGGGAACUUCUCUCCUACUUGGAGUCAGUUUUUUGUUACUGGUGUUUCGUAUCCUAAUGCCUGCCCGUUGGGCCUUUUCUUUCAGCUCCUUCCCCUCCUCCUGCCAGUGAUUUUCUGUUCACCUCCCUGGGGCUGAUUGCCAGGGUUCGGGGAGGGUAGUUAAGGGUCAGGUGUUGCAUAAAUCUUCCGUGGCUGAGGUCUGCUGGCCUGAAGAGGCUGCCGCCCGCCCGCCUGCCUGGUUUCCGCAUGAGAGCUCUCUGCCCAGGGCAGCAGAAGUGUGGGACGAAAUGUUUCCCUUCGGGGAACUUUCCCCGGAGGCACAGAAUGGGACCUUCUUGGUUUUGCCAAGAAUGUUCCUGGCCAGCUUCCUCCGGCCCUUCUAAAAACCUCCUGGGGGCCAACGGAGAAGCUGGCUUGCUGGGAGGGCCUGGGCAGGGUGGAGGCUCCUCCCAUCCUCCUGCACCUGCUGCGUGUCUUUCCCCUUCUUCCCUCCCGCUUCCAGCCCAGCCGCCUCCCAGGAAAGCAGACAUGCAGAGGCGAGGGCCAGCCACCGCCUUCCUGGAGGAGGUGGUAGAGGGCCAGAUCCCCGACAGCCCCGUGGUGAGGUCAUCUCGUCUCCACCAGCUGGGCCCUUUCGAUGGAGGCAGCUAUGCCGUCCACGACUCCCGAGCCCCCAGCCUAGGCUCAGGGGGUGAGAGUCCCCCAUUGAGUCCCACCGGACACAACUGGGAGAUCAACUAUCAAGAGGCAGCCAUCUACCUCCAGGAAGGCGAGAAUAAUGACAAGUUCUUCACCCACCCCAAGAACGCCAAAGCGCUGGCGGCCUACCUCUUCGCACACAACCACCUCUUCUACCUGAUGGAGCUGUCCACGGCCCUGCUCCUGCUGCUGCUCUCCCUGUGUGAGGCCCCCGCCGUCCCCGCGCUCCGGCUCGGCAUUUACGUCCACGCGACCCUGGAGCUGUUCGCCCUGAUGGUGGUUGUCUUUGAGCUCUGCAUGAAGUUGCGGUGGCUGGGCCUCCACACCUUCAUCCGACACAGACGGACCAUGGUCAAGACCUCCGUGCUGGUGGUGCAGUUCAUCGAGGCCAUCGUGGUGCUGGUACGGCAGACAUCCCACGUGCGUGUGACCCGGGCUCUGCGCUGCAUUUUCCUCGUGGACUGCCGGUACUGCGGCGGCGUCCGGCGCAACCUGCGACAGAUCUUCCAAUCUCUGCCGCCCUUCAUGGACAUUCUCCUGCUGCUGCUCCUCUUCAUGCUUAUCUUCGCCAUCCUUGGUUUCUACUUGUUCUCCUCUAAUCCUUCGGACCCCUACUUCAACACCCUGGAGAACAGCAUCGUCAGUCUCUUUGUCCUUCUGACCACAGCCAAUUUCCCAGAUGUGAUGAUGCCCUCCUACUCCCGGAACCCCUGGUCCUGUGUCUUCUUCAUCGUCUACCUCUCCAUCGAGCUGUACUUCAUCAUGAACCUGCUUCUGGCCGUGGUGUUCGACACCUUCAAUGACAUUGAGAAACGCAAGUUCAAGUCCCUGCUGCUGCAUAAGCGAACCGCCAUCCAGCAUGCCUACCGCCUGCUCAUCAGCCAACGGAGGCCCGCCGGCGUCUCCUACAGGCAAUUUGAAGGCCUGAUGCGCUUCUACAGGCCCCGGAUGAGUGCCAGGGAGCGCUACCUGACUUUCAAGGCCCUGAAUCAGAGCAACACAUCUCUGCUCAGCCUGAAGGACUUUUAUGAUAUCUACGAGGUUGCUGCCUUGAAGUGGAAGGCAAAGAGAAACAGGGAACACUGGUUCGAUGAGCUUCCCAGGACAGCGUUCCUCAUCUUCAAAGGAAUUAACAUCCUUGUGAAGUCCAAGGCCUUCCAGUAUUUCAUGUACUUGGUGGUGGCCGUCAACGGGGUGUGGAUCCUCGUGGAGACCUUCACACUGAAAGGCGGGAACUUCUUCUCCAAGCACGUGCCCUGGAGUUACGUCGUCUUCCUGACGAUCUACGGGGUGGAGCUGUUCCUGAAGGUUGCUGGCCUGGGCCCCGUUGAGUACCUGUCCUCCGGGUGGAAUCUGUUCGACUUCUCUGUGACCGUGUUUGCCUUCCUGGGACUGCUGGCUCUGGCCUUCAACAUGGAGCCCUUUUAUUUCAUAGUGGUCCUGCGUCCCCUCCAGCUGCUGAGGUUGUUCAAGCUGAAAAAGAGGUACCGCAAUGUGCUGGACACCAUGUUUGAGCUGCUGCCGCGCAUGGCCAGCCUGGGCCUCACCCUGCUCAUCUUCUACUACUCCUUCGCCAUCGUGGGCAUGGAAUUCUUCUGCGGGAUCCUCUACCCCAACUGCUGCAAUACCAGCACAGUGGCCGACGCCUACCGCUGGCUCAAUCACACCGUGGGCAACAGGACUGUUGUGGACGCAGGCUACUAUUAUCUCAAUAACUUUGACAACAUCCUGAACAGCUUCGUGACCUUGUUCGAGCUCACAGUUGUCAACAACUGGUACAUCAUCAUGGAAGGUGUCACCUCUCAGACCUCCCACUGGAGCCGCCUGUACUUCAUGACUUUCUACAUCGUGACCAUGGUGGUGAUGACGAUCAUCGUUGCCUUCAUCCUCGAGGCCUUCGUCUUCCGAAUGAACUACAGCCGCAAGAACCAGGACUCGGAAGUUGACGGAGGCAUCACCCUGGAGAAGGAGAUCUCCAAAGAGGAGCUGGUUGCCGUCCUGGAGCUCUACCGGGAGGUGCGAGGAGCCACCUCGGACGUCAGCCGGCUGCUGAAGGUCCUCUCUCAGAUGGAGAGACACGAGCAAAACUCCGUGGUGUUUCUGGGACGGAGAUCGAGGACCAAAAGUGACCUGAGCCUAAAGAUGUACCAAGAGGAGAUUCAGGAGUGGUUCGAGGAACAUGCCCGUAAGCAAGAGGAACAGCGGCGACAGCUCAGCGGCAGCCGCCAGGCCCCCUCCACCCCGCAGCUCCCAGGCAGCCGCCAGCGCUCCCAGACCGUCACCUAACCCCAGCCUGCGGCAGCCAUCCCUUCUAUGCAAUAACACAAUAGUAUUAUUUUACUACGAUGUAUUGAAGAAAAAAAAAAAGGUGUUUGUGUGCACGCGUGGGUGCACACACACACCCAUAUAUAUGCACAUAUUUAUAUAUAGGAAGAGAAAAAGACAAGACGGGGUUUGGUGUGCAACCACCUCGCCCUGUCUUCCUUAACCCCAGAAGUCACUUUGGUUUGGGGGGGGGGGGGGUCAGGCCACCGUGAGCUCUUCCUAAUGUGGAAAGUUCCAGAAGGCCUCUUCAGAAGAAGAGCACUUGGAUAGAUCCUGCCGAUCUCUGCAGGGCUUGCCUUCAAAGUGGGCCAGCCCCUCCCCAGGCCAGAGCCAGACCGUCUUCCCGAUGCUGCUCUCACACUCAUGUCCCAGCUGACAGCUUCCCCAGUAACUUUCCCUGUGGCCCGCGUCACGGGGUUUCUGUGCCCUGCUUUAGGGACGAAACCACUUAGGAUGGAAAGAACCUACAUCCUCGGGGUUAGUAUUUCUAUAUAUAUGAUAAUGUAAUAGAACAUUCCUUUGGGGGAGCAGUGCCUAGGUCCUAAUGGAAAGAGUAAUCAAGGGGUGUGAUUAUACCCGUGUGGUCAGAUCCCAAUUAGCCGGCGCUGGGCAGCGCGAGAUUGUGCGAAUUUCACAUCCUGGCUCUGUAAGCCUUCUCUCCCACAUCCCACGCUUCCUUCGGUUUAACCCUUGUUGCUGCAAAUCCUGAAAUGGCCUCCUUGAGAACCUCGGCCCAGCGGGAGGAGGAAAGCGAGAAGAGGCCAGGCUGACGGCUACCACCCCGGACCCGUUCCCGAGAUGGGCUUUCUCCACCAAGUCCCUUUUCCUUGCGAUCGUCUUGUUCAAGCAGAGACACUUCUUGGGUAACACGGGAUUCUGCUAAAGACAGCGGCAGCCCCUUCACAUCGUGCAUUAGGUUCUGCUGCUGGGAAGGGGCCUACAGGGACGUCCACAGCAGCCCUGUGGCUCGGCCCCUGCCAGUCCACGUGGACUGCUCCCCCCCCCCCCC